AGAGUCUGUUCUUAAUCACAGUUGUACCCUGGAAAGUUGUACCCUUCAAAGUGAUUUUACAAAGCCAUACUUUUAUUGUAGCAACAACAGAAGUAAUGUCUUCUUGAGUGCCUGCUUCUUGGAAGGCCCUGUGCUAAGUUCUUUUGUAACCAUUCCAAGCAGUAGGUAUUAGCACUUUUUUUCCCCAUAAAGAAACUGAGGCCCAGAAAAAUUAAGUUAUUUUCUGAAGGUCACAGUGCUAGUGUACCAAAGGUGUUGUUGGAACCCACAUCAUCUGACCCAGUGCCCAUGUGCUUAACCAUUCACCUAAACUGCCUUUAUUAGCUAAAAGGAGUCAUUAAAAAUAAAGGUAAUCAUUAUUUGCAGUUACUUAAAAAUAAAAAUGUGGUGAAGUAUAAUAUCCUAGAGCAUGAGAUGGAAGAAUCUGGUACAAGGAUAAUUAGAAGAAUUAAUACCCAGUUAAGCAGAUUAUCAAAAGUUGCAUGUUUAUGAAUUUAUGUUACCCUCUAGUUUAGGGGUGAUUUGGCAAGUGGAUUAUUUUUGGCUUGUUUAUCUUAGAUAUUGCACUGACAUGUGUGAAGUCAGAGACAUCAGCCCCCAACCUGGCUGAUCACCAGAAUCACCUGUGGAACAUAAACACUGCAGUUUCUGAGACUCUUCCCAAGAUUCCAGGGUGGAUUCCUGGGUUUUGUAAUUUUGAGCAGUCUUUCAGAUGCUUCUGAUGGUUAUUGUUAGAGCCUUUUACCCAGUCACAUUUACUGCAUGGUGGGCACAUUUAGUGAUGGAAUCCAGGUCCAGAAAUAUCUUGAUGUGAUGGAGUAAUAUACUGAAUCUAACAAAAUCCAACAAUACAGAGGAAAAGAAAGCAUGAAUGAUAGGUGGUAUGGAGCUAGAGUUUCAGACUUACAAGCACAUACAUUUUGGAGUGAAGUUUUGUUUCUUUUGAAUGCCGCCUUUGGUGGCAUUGGUGGUUAUCUUAUAAACAUGUAAUACUGUUUUCUCUAUAGGUCUCUGAACUAGAAACUUGAUUUGGUUGAGUGAAGAUUUUCUAUCACUAUCAUGGUAGGAAGAAUUUCAGAAUCACCUUGGGUUCUUUUAUCAGACUCUUUCCCUCCCCCACAUCAGUUGAAAGUCAGAGCCCAUUGAGCCAUGCUUACUAAUGGUAGUGAAAGUUGAAAAAUUGUGGUUGGACUGUACAAAAUCCAUAAUCUCUGUUUGCCCUAGAGGAAGAGUCACAUAUUUUACCCUACUCACAAAGUCAUGAUUGUCACUGUGGCCAGACAUGACUCAAUUUCUAUAUUAUUUUCCUCUUACUCGAUGAAGAUCACCCUAUAAUUGAGGACGUUUACUUCUCAUUCUUACCUAUGUUUUGGGUCACAGUGAAGAUUUUUGUUGAUUUACUUCUUCAAAAAUGUUAGUGUUUCAUUUUUAUUCAUAUUAUUUUUGGUGUAAACUGUGCCAAAAAGUGACAUUUAAUACUUCCUUAUCUUAGAGAAAAGGUUGCACACAGAUUCCCCCACCCCCAGUAAAUAUUUGCAGUUCUUUUGUGCAUCAGGCAUUGUGCUAGGCAUCAGGGUAUGGUGAUGAAUAACAAUAGCUGUGGUGCCUGUUCUCAAGAUAAAUAUUUAUUUAGUGAUGAAGAUGGGGAAAUAAAUAGUACAUGAAUAAAAUAGGUAAAAGAUGUAGUAAGACAAAAAAUAAGUUGACAUAAUACAGAAUCACAUGAGAAGGCUUAUUUAUUUAUUUAUUUAUUUAUUUAUUGAAAUGUUUAUUUAUUUUGAGAGGGGGAGGGAGAGGCAGAGAGAAUCCCAAGCAGGCUCUGCACUGCUCAAUCCCACAAACCUUGAGAUUAUAACCUGAACUGAAAUCAAGAGUCUGACGCUUAAUUGACGGAGCCACCCAGGUGCCCCUGAGAAGGCCUGUUUUAUACAGGAUGGCUUGGGAAGGCUAUGCUGAGGGGACAUUUCAGGUGAGAUCUGAAGUACUCUAUAAAGGAAGAACGUGUAUGAAGGUCUCGAGAUGGGUUGAAGAGGAACUGGCUUAGAACUGAGAUGAGAUGAGGGUGAAGCUAAAUUGGGGGAGGGGGGAUAGUUGGAUACAGGUCCUUACUGAUGGUAGUGUAAGUGCAGUGAGAAACUAGCUCUGGAUUGUAUUGUAAGAAAGAUACAAUGCGGCUGCAUAGGUCACGGUUGAAGGAUGUAAGCCUAGGAUUGGGAAAUUAGUUAAGAGGCUGCUGUGUACGAGACAGAGAGAUUGUCAGAGGAUUGGAUCAGCAUGGUUGCAGUUGAGAGGGAGAGACGUGGAGUGAUUCAACAGCUAUUGUAGAGGUAGUAAGGAAAGAGCUUGCAGAUAGACUGGAUGUGUGAGCGGGGUGAGGAAGGAGGAAGAAUCCGUUAUGCCACCAAGAUUUGGGGAGUGGCUAACUAGGUGGACAUUAGAGCUACUUACUGAAGAUCUGAAGAUGCAGAAGGCUUAUUUGGGAGGGUUCUUUGGGGCAUAAGUUUGAAACCCAAGUGGACGAGCAGAGUAGUCAUUUGGAUGUAUGGUGUUUUCCAGAGAAGAGGCUUCAGUUAGAGAUAGAAAUGUAGAUGAGACAUCAGUACAAAUGAUGGAAUUUAAACCAUGGAGUGUAUGAGAUAGUUUAAGAUAGUAUAGAGACUGCAGAGGUCCCAGAAAUUAACCUUAAGGCCCUUCAUCAUGUAGUUACUGGGGAGAGAAGGAGACUGAGAAACCAGAGGCAGAAGGAAACCUAGAGCAUGCUGGGCUGAGAGUAGGUGAAGAAAACGUUGCCAGGAGGAAGAAGUGGUCUAGUGUGCUAGAUGCUCCUCAAGAUGAUGAGUCAGGUGAGCACAGCGUGUGCUUAUCAUGACUGACUCCAUGGAAGUCUUUGGGGCCUGUUCAGGGGCAGUUUGGGUGGAGUGGUACGCACAGGCUGAAUACAGCGGGCAGAUGAGAGAAUAGGAAUUUAUAAGGAAUGUAUAUAGUGAGUACAGACUGUUGAUAACCUCUGUAUGUCUCUGAAGGCGCUGGGGCCCUGGAAGGGGAUUGUGGGGCUAAGGGAAGCACUGGAGUUUGAUUUGGUGUUUUAGACAAGAUAUCAUGCUAAGUUGAACCCUAGGAAAUUGGUGAACUGUACUAUAUUUGAUUUAUGAGAAUGGCAAAUUUCAUAUAGUUUGACCUAAUGUUACAUGUUAUACUACUGAGAAUGAGUUACUUUUGAAAAGGGAGUUUGAUGAAGCAGUGUUGAGAGAGCUUUAACCAAAAGAGUACAGCCUUUGAGCUGUUGAGAGAGAUGGGUUUGGAGCUCCCCAGUCAAGUGUUGGCCUUUGAAGCGGGGAGGGGGAAGGCACACAAUUUUUCCACUGUAACAGGAAGGAAGAUGCUGAUGUACAGAUUCAGCCGAGUUUCAGUGAUCAUCGUGAUGCUGAUCUCGGCAGCUAGUGUUUACCCGGGGCCAGUAAUUGCGGAACAAGCUUUCAGAUUUGGCUGUAGGUGCACAUUGAUUGAUUUUGUUCAUACACUGAGUGGCUACUGAUCCUGUUUUGCCUUGUAGUAGGCUCUAAAUUUUCUCCCUCAAAAGUCAUUGAUAUCAGUGAAAUUUUUUUUUAUUAUUAUUCAGUUUUUCCCUUUCAUCAAAAGCAGAGUACAUCAAAUAGCAUGACCUCCUUCUCCACUCAUCAGCAGUAAAACACCAUGGCCUCCCUAUAGAACUGAUUAGCAAAUCAAAGAAUAAAGUGUUUUUCUCACAAGUGAUUUUCUUACCCUACAGAAAAUUGUCUUUUUCAGUAUUGCUAUCAGUAUUCUUUGACUUGUCAGCAUAAUUGAAACGAUACCUGUGAUUUCUGUUACUUCAAUGCAGACUACAAGUGCAUCCUUUUAAGGUCAUACUACUCUUCUUCUGUCUUGUGUACAAGAAUUUGCUUACGAGGGCCAGCUCUCAAUGUUGCAAGAAAAAAUAGACCAUUUGGAGCGUUUGCUAGCUGAGAAUAAUGAGAUCAUCUCAAAUAUUAGAGACUCGGUCAUCAAUUUGAGUGAAUCUGUGGAGGAUGGUCCAAAAAGUUCACAAGGCAAUUUCAGCCAAGGUGCUGGCUUACCUCUUCUGCCGUCAAAACAGCUGUCCCUCGUAGUGGACCCUGAAGACUGUUCAUUCGCUUUACAAGGUGGAAGUAGGCAUUCAGAUGUGCAGAUGUUGGAUGUUUACAGUCUGAUUCCUUUUGACAACCCAGAUGGUGGAGUUUGGAAACAAGGAUUUGACAUUAGCUAUGUGUUUAAUGAAUGGGACUCUAAGCCCCUUCAAGUCUUUGUGGUGCCUCAUUCCCAUAAUGACCCAGGUUGGUUGAAGACUUUUGAUGACUACUUUAGAGAGAUGACUCAGUAUAUUUUUAAUAACAUGGUCAUCAAGCUGAAAGAAGACUCACGGAGGAAAUUUAUGUGGUCUGAGAUUUCUUACCUUUCAAAGUGGUGGGAUACUAUAGAUAAGCCGAAGAAGGAUGCUGUUAAAAGUUUGCUACAAAACGGUCAGUUUGAAAUUGUGACAGGUGGCUGGGUUAUGCCUGAUGAAGCUGCUCCACAUUAUUUUGCCUUAAUUGACCAACUAAUUGAAGGACAUCAGUGGCUGGAAAAAAAUCUAGGAGUGAAACCUCGGUCUGGUUGGUCUAUUGAUCCUUUUGGACAUUCCCCAACAAUGGCUUAUCUUCUUAAACGGGCUGGAUUUUCUCACAUGCUUAUUCAGAGAGUUCAUUAUGCAGUUAAAAAACAUUUUGCAUUGCAUAAAACACUGGAAUUUUUUUGGAGACAGAAUUGGGAUCUGGGAUCUGGCACAGAUAUUUUUUGCCACAUGAUGCCCUUCUACAGCUAUGACAUCCCUCAUACAUGCGGACCUGAUCCUAAAAUAUGCUGCCAGUUUGAUUUUAAACGGCUUCCUGGAGGCAGAUUUGGUUGUCCCUGGGGAGUCCCCCCAGAAACAAUACAUCCUGGAAAUGUCCAAAAGAGGGCUGAGAUGCUUCUCGACCAGUACCGAAAAAAGUCAAAGCUGUUCCGUACCACAGUUCUCCUGGCCCCUCUGGGAGAUGAUUUUCGCUACUGUGAACGCACAGAAUGGGAUCAUCAGUUUAAGAAUUACCAGCUGCUUUUUGAUUAUAUGAAUUCUCAUCCUGAGUAUAACGUUAAGAUACAGUUUGGAACUUUAUCGGAUUACUUUGAUGCACUGGAUAAAGAAGAUGUAACCAGUGGAAAGAAUAGCCAAUCAAUGUUCCCUGUUCUAAGUGGAGAUUUUUUCACUUAUGCUGACCGAGAUGAUCAUUACUGGAGUGGCUACUUUACAUCCAGACCCUUUUACAAGCGAAUGGAUAGGAUAUUGGAAUCCCAUUUAAGGGCUGCUGAAAUUCUUUACUAUUUCGCCCUGAAACAAGCUCAGAAAUACAAGAUAAGUAAAUUUCUUUCAUCAUCCCAUUACACGGCACUGACAGAAGCCAGAAGAAAUUUGGGACUAUUUCAACAUCAUGAUGCUAUCACAGGAACUGCAAAAGAUUGGGUGGUUGUGGAUUAUGGUACCAGACUCUUUCAUUCCUUAAUGAAUUUGAAGAAGAUAAUCGGAUAUUCUGCACUACUUCUUAUUUUGAAGGACAAAACCUCGUACAACUCUUACUCUUUUGAUAACCUCCUAGACAUGGAUUUGAAACAAAGCUCACAAAGUUCUCUACCACAAAAAACUGUAAUAACGCUGAGUGCAGAUCCAAGGUAUCUUGUCAUCUGUAAUCCUUCAGAACAAGACCGAAACUCGGUGGUCUCCGUCUAUGUGAGUUCCCCCACAGCACAAGUGUCUUCUGCUUCGGGAAAGCCAGUGGAAAUUCAAAUGAGCGCAGUUUGGGAUACAGCAAGUAUUAUUUCACAGACAGCCUAUGAGAUCUCUUUUCUAGUACAGAUACCACCAUUGGGAAUGAAAGUGUAUACAGUUGUGGAAUCAGCAAAUUCAGAUCCACAUUUAGCUGAGUAUGUCCUGUAUAAUGGUAACAUCAAAGAUAAAGGAAUUUUCAACAUGAAGAAUGUAAAAAGUGCUGAGGAAGCUAUAACUCUAGAGAACUCCUUUCUUAAACUUCAGUUUGGUCCAUCUGGGCUUAUGGAGGAAAUGAUAAAUAAAGAAGAUGGUAAGCGUCAUGAAGUAAAAGUACAAUUUUCAUGGUAUGGAACGACGAGUAAAAAGGAUAAAAGUGGUGCCUACCUCUUCUUACCUGAUGGGGAAGCCAAGCCUUAUGUUUACACAACACUACCCUUUGUCAGAGUGCAACAUGGAAGGUUUUAUUCGGACGUGACUUGCUUUUUUGAACGUGUUACCCAUAGAGUCCGACUAUACAACAUACAGGGAAUAGACGGACAGUCUGUGGAAGUUUCCAAUAUUGUGGACAUCCGAAAAGAACAUAACCGUGAGAUUGCAAUGAGAAUUUCUUCUAGCAUCAACAGCCAAAACAGAUUUUAUACUGACCUGAAUGGAUACCAGAUUCAGCCUAGAAUGACAAUGAGCAAAUUACCUCUUCAAGCAAAUGUCUACCCAAUGACAACAAUGGCCUAUAUCCAGGAUGCCAAGCAUCGCUUGACGUUACUUUCCGCUCAGUCUUUAGGGGUUUCAAGUUUGAAAAGUGGUCAGAUAGAAGUUAUCAUGGAUCGAAGACUCAUGCAAGAUGAUAAUCGUGGCCUUGAACAAGGUGUCCAUGAUAACAAGAUUACAGCUAAUUUAUUUCGAAUACUACUGGAAAAAAGAAGUGUUGUGAAUGUGGAAGAAGAAAAGAACUCUGUCAGUUACCCAUCCCUUGUUAGCCACAUAACUUCUUCUUUCCUGAAUCAUCCUGUCUUUACAAUGAUAGAAAAGAUCCCCAUGCCAACCCUUCAGCUGCUAGGUGAAUUCUCUCCGUUAGUGUCAUCUUUGCCUUGUGACAUUCAUCUCGUUAAUCUGAGGACAAUACAGUCAAAGGUGGACGGCAAGCAUUCUGAUGAAGCAGCCUUGAUCCUCCACAGGAAGGGGUUUGACUGCCGCUUCUCUAGCAGAGACACAGGGCUGCUUUGUUCCACCACCCAGGGAAAGAUUUUGGUACAGAAGCUUUUUAACAUGUUCACGGUCUCAAGUCUUAUACCUUCCUCAUUAUCCUUGAUGCAUUCACCUCCAGAUGCCCAAAAUAUAAGUGAGAUCAGUUUGAGUCCCAUGGAAAUCAGCACAUUCCGAAUCCAGUUGAGAUGAACCUGGCUUUCAAAUUUGGAUUGGGAAGCAUUGUCUUUUAUACACUUCUUGGUUUGACGUGCAAUAAGGAAGCACAUUAUUUUAGCUUCUGGCUACUGUGAGAACAUGAAUUCUGUGAUUAUUACUAUUUUUUUUUACCAGUACAGAAAGAAAAAAAAGAAAGCCAUGCUAUAGCCAAUGUUUUUUUUUUUUAAAGUUCCAUCCAUGAACCACCACCAUCCAGUAUGAAUUGAUGCAACAACAAAUGAAGAUAUGUCUAAAACAGCCUCUCAACAGAUUGUAUCUCAGGUUAAAUGCUAACUAAUUAUAUCUGUGUUGGGGGUUGUGAAGAGGUUGCUAUAAGUAUUCAUGUUGCCGAUCCUUCAUUAGUUUUACAACAAUGCCCAUUUUCACCAAAAUGGAACAAAAAACUGGUGAGUAAUAGCUAAUGGCCAAAACGGUUGCAAUCAUUCAUACACAUUAGAAAAUUUUCGUGUAUUGAAAUAUGUGGCAAAGUGCAAUCCAUCAACCCUUAUGAUACGUAUACAGAGUUGAUCUUCAUACCUUUUUCUAAUGUACCACUUAACCCCUCCCUUCUCACCCUUUGUAAGUAUUUCCAGAAAUACCAGAUUUUGAAUCAUUCAGUAGUAGAAAAGAGGCAUAUUUUCAUUACUUGACAAUGUGGGAUAGGUGCAAUUUAUUCCAUUGUCACUAAAAUAGAAGAAGCAAUUCCAUAGGUACCAUAACCUAUUUUAGGUACCACAAGGUGUUUUUUUACACAGCUCAUUUGAAUACAGAUGUUCUGAGAGGGGUUUUCUAUUUUAAAAAUAACCAUAUCAAAAUAAAUGUGCCUUAUUUUUUUAUAAGUCUUGUUAAAUCCUUUGGUGUCCAUAUUCCUGUUAGGGGAAGGGGGGAAGGUGGAGGGGGCGGGGGAGAAGGUGGGUACUUUCUAUGACACAUAAAGUGUAUCAUUUUUGCCUGACUGACGAUGCUGGCCACAUUCUGAUCUGUUUCAUUAAAUUUGUGGUGAUGUUAUUCUAAACAUCUUGACUAUUUGAAUGUACUGAGAUGUCAGAAAACAAGAAAAAUACUGUUUAUUAAAAUAUGCUGCUGCCAAGAAGACUGCAGCUCAAAGCAAGGAUUUUGUAACCUGCAAAAUCCAUAUGUGGUUUCCAUUUCACAGGAGGUAACCCUAUGGAAGAGAGAAUGCUUUAAAAGAGACCCUGUUUUGAAACCCAUUUAUAUGUAGCUCAUCAUGAUUUAUCUUAUUAAAGAACAUGUUUGUUCAGUGAAUUCCAAAUUUGUGUACAUGCUAACCUCAAAGUGAAGUUCCAAGCCCAUGUGCCAUUACAGUACUUUUGAUAAAAUUUAUUUUGGGAUCAUUGCUAACGUGACAUUAAAAUAAAAGCCACACUAGCAACAUUUAGUGUAUUUGAUUUUAAGAUAGAAAGGAUUCUUUGAGUAUAUACACUUUUGAAAACUCUCUUUGUGUUACCUAAUAAUUAUCUGACUUUAAACUUCCUUUCACCUCCUGCCAUCCCAACGUCAUUAUAGAGAAGUUAAAACCUAAUUUCUGUUUCGCCGGGUAGUCCGAUUAUCAUCUGGAUUUUUUUUUUUUUUUAACCAAGAUGCAGCUCCUAAGAUUAUUGUUAAGUUAUGUGAAAUUCAUAAACUUUUUUCGCCUUUAAUAACUAAGGAAACAAUACUAGUGUUGAUAAAGAUAUUACAAGGGAGUAAUUUCAUGCAAUAAACGUGUACUGUAUGUUUCCUUCCUCACUUUGGGGGAUAAACAACUAAAAGAAAACAAAAACACCACUUCCUUUUUGUGGACAUCUGCCAAUGUUAGGAUUGCUGGAAGCAAAUCCCAGGAACAAGAUCAGUGUUUGCGUUGCAUCUUAAAUGUACAACCUUCUUUGGGAGUUCACUGUGUUCUGUGGUUAAGUGGGUGUGCUUAAUCGUUCUGGAAAUUCUGAUCAGUUGACAUAAAAAAUCUUGACGCAAUAACUGUGGUUUUGCCACCCCUGGUUGGGUAAGAUGGGUCUCUCCCACAUCAGGCAGGCCUUCAGUGUGUGUUACCACCAGCCGUUCACAGGUAAAGCAGAAAUUCUCUUUAAACCAGCAAGGUUCUGCUUUUUAUUUUUAGAAUAAAUCAUCAGGGAUAUGAACAGAGGAUGCUUUUGCUUUGGGUUGUGGUCAAGAACUGAUUAAAUAAUUCAGUGUCUCCAGCACCCACUAAAAACCACACACUUCGGUUGUGAUCUCAGUAGCAUAUUUGUUUGCUUCAGUUUUAUUACAUUGGUUAUCACAGUGUUCCGUUGGUCAAGUAGUUCAUUCCUUUCUAUGAGCUUUUUUUUUUUUUUAAUUUUAACUUGAGCUUAUACCUGCCAUGUUUGAGAACUCCACAUCCUUGUUUUCUUCAAAUACUGAUUAAAAUAAAAUGCUAUAAAACGUGUGGUGAAUCGUUGUAAUUACCUGCCCAUGUCUUUGUUGUACUUGUGCCGAAAUGUUUUUACAUUCCUUUGUCUGGAAGAAAGUCUCUGCUUUCAUUUUGAUUAUGUUGCUUACCUUGGAAUCAAAUAGGUUUUGAUAUUUUUCUCUUGGAAGAUUUUAUAUCUUUUUGGGAAUAUGUAAUAUAAGAUCUCUAAUAAAAGAUAAAUCUUACCAUGUA